GGCCACGUUAUCCACCAUCGCCGCUUAGGUUUCUCCGGUUCUAGACAGUGUAGACUGAAGCAAAAAUGGAGCACAGCAAGAAGAAGCUCAUCAUUCUACUCUCAAUAGCAUCCGUCGCAGCUCUCUCAAUCAUCUUCCGAAGACGCCGUCAGAAGAAGAACCGCCGCGCCGCUCGCUGUUACUUACACACCGAUCCUAAACCUCAGUACACUUUCAAGCGCGUCUUAGCUGAUAAUUCCUACUCUCCUUUCAACCACCUGAACCUUGACGGUCUUGAAGAGAAAUCGCAACCAUAUGAAGCUGAUAUCAUGGCAUUAGUCGAUAAUCCGCCGGUUGAGUUUAAGUUUUUGGAAGGCGUCGAUGUAGACUUGGAAAUGAGUGAUUCUUAUGUUUGGGUUGAUACCGAGUUGCAGUUGACUCAACUAGCUGAUGCUUUGAGCAAAGAGAAGACUUCUAGUAAAAAGGAUGAUUAUUUGGUGGAUACAAUUGCAUUACAUGAUUCAAUGAGUAUUCUUCAUCCAGUAUUUGCUGAUCCUAAUAUUUGCAAGGUGUUCCAUGGGGCUGAUGAUGAUGUUGUUUGGUUGCAAAGAGACUUCCACUUGUAAGUUGUUAACCUCUUUGACACUGCAAAGGUGAGGUUUAAAUGUUAACUAGCCAUGUAACCUGAUAUUUCCACUGCUCUAAUUCUCUUUCUGAUUGACUGAUAUCAUUUUGUUUAUUUCAUGAAGUUGUGGCUUCUAGAAUCUUGAUAGUAGCUUGUAUAUUUCUGUUUCUGUUAUGAAUUUUUAAUUUUAAAAGGGAUUGAAAUGUAAAAUGAAACGUGAAACUAUAG